AUGGAAGGAGGUCACAAAAAGCAAGAGGCAAGGUGGUUUGGGUGUGAGGAACUUAGGGACAUUACACAGAUUACUGAGAAUAAUCAGCAACUGGAUGAGUUUUUUGGAGGCCAAAUAAAAAUCAUUGUUGGUAAUGGGAAGAGAAUUUGGUUCUGGCAUGAUGCCUGGUUGAGUUCUAGAAGCUUGAAAACUGAAUUUCCCAAAUUAUUCAGUCUAUCCACAGAGAAUGAGGAGACUCUUCACCAAAUCAGUAUGAAGAAAAGUCUAUCAAGGGAGUGGCAACUCCAAUUUAGAAAAAAUCUAUUAGCUUGGGAAGAUGAGGAGCUACAGAGGCUAUGUGGUCUGCUGGUGGUAUCCCCAAUCCUUAGAGUUGGGCUUCAAGACUCUUGUUCUUGGGCAUCAGAGAGGUCUGGGCAGUUCACAAUCUCAUCUGUGAGAAGGUGGUGGGAUACAACUACAGGGCAAGGUGUGGCAGUACCACCACGGGUGUGGGUGAACUUAGCUCCACCAAAAAUGCAUUUUUUUUACUGGUUGGCUUGGCAAUGUAGUGUCAAAACCUCAACCUUCCUCCAAAGGAUUGGGGUUCUUGGUGUGAGUGUUAAUAAAUUGUGUGUGUUCUGUCAUAUUGUGGAGGAGUCUGUGGAGCAUGUGCUUCUACACUGUCCUCUAGUUUGGAAGUGUUGGUCUCGCAUGGUAUAUUGGUGGGGUCAGGCCUGGGCUAUACCUAGUUCUGUUGCAGGUUUGCUGCAUUGGUGGUUUGGUGGUAAGCUCAAGUCAUGGAUUGGUAAAGUCUGGCAGAUUAUCCCCUCUGUCGUUUUUUGGUCUGUAUGGAAGUUGCGGAAUGAAUGUUUGUUUAAGGGAGCUCAGCCUAAUAUUUAUGAUUUAUGCGAAAAGAUUAAAGUGCAGAUAGCUUUGUGGUCCAAAUGGCUCUUGAAAGUAGAUUAUUCUGUGCACGACAUUGUAUCCAACCUCCACCAGAUCAGGAUUGCUGUCUGA